AUGAAUGGGUUUUUGGGAAACGCGCCGUUGCCUGUUAUGUACGUGCGAGCGCUGUACGAUUACGAAACGGACGACCGAACAAGCUUAAGUUUUCACGAAGGAGAUAUAAUUCAAGUAAUCACUCAAUUAGAAAGUGGCUGGUGGGAUGGUGUUAUUGAAGGUGUGCGAGGAUGGUUCCCUAGCAAUUAUUGCCAAGUUCUUCAGAACCCGAAAGAAGCAUUUGACCACAAAUCCAAUGAAUCACCGGAAACUGAUGGAGAAGCCGAUGAAACCGAAGGAAGCGAGGCUUCUGAGGAGUAUGAAGAUCACUAUGAAGAUGAAGAAGCGCAAUCUGAGAGAGAAGAUUUAGCCCACGUGCCCAGUGAGGUAGAUAGUAUCGAUAAGGAUAGACAGCGCGCAGACUUUUGGAUACCUCAAGCCACGCCUGAUGGGAGAUUAUUUUACUUUAACACCGAGACCGGUGAAAGUAGCAGUGAGCUACCUUUAGAAACUCCCUUACUCAGCGAAAUCAGCCCGAGAGACCGUGUUAAGAUUAACAACAUGCCCGAAAAAACCAAACCGCCAACCGAAUUAAUGGCCAGAGGAUACGUUCAUGAUGAAAAUGACGAAUCAGAUGGGAACUCUUCUGUAGACCACGGAGAAAUCUCAAUGAUAGGUCAUAGUAACUCAUACUCUCGACAACAUUCUCUUAUUACCACUGGCAUCUCUUCCUCGUCUUCGAUCGAUUCUAUUCACGAAAUAAUACCGUCAUCCCGAUCUCGCCGGGACUUAUCAGUGCCUAAUGUCACAUGCUCGAGCUCUUCAUCGUUCCUGUCGACACCAUCACUUAAAGCUCCUCAAACUAAUAGCUUAUCACGUUCAUUCUUUGAUGACGGAAACAUUGCACCGCUCACAUGGAAUAGGCUUGUCGCAAAUAUGAAAAUUGCAGUCGAUCGAUAUCAAGAUGCAAUCAAUAAUUACGAGAGAUCCGAAUAUGUACGCCGAGCCGAAGAUAUUUCCGAUCAUCUCCGUAUGCUUCUUGCAGCAGGUUCGGGGACGACCGACAACCAUUCAGGACAGCCGUCAAUAAUUUCCUCAAAUAAAGCGCUAUAUCCGCACUUCCGAGACAUGAUGUCAAAAUUCUCUAAGCUUGUAAUCUCAUCUCAUAUUGCUGCAGCUGACUGGCCAAAUGCCGAAUCGUAUCAGAAAUGUUUACAAGAGGCAGAUGGUGUUUUACAAGGUGUUUUCUGCUAUGUUGAAGUCGCUAGACAACAGCGAGGUGAAGAUAUACCAAGGUUAUUUCCAGGAUUUGUGAUGGGAAGUAUGACUGGGGGAAAUUGGCAAAAUAAUGGCCUGAGCACAAGGGAUCCCCUAAGUUUAAAUUUUCUUGACGAGGAUGAAAGUUCGAUUGAGAGCUUACUAUCAUUAGAUGCUAGUCUCAUCGAUCGGUUAGACGAGCUUCAACUUAUUCUGUUAAGUCAGGUCCGAAAACUAGAGGAAAGUACUGAUAUAACAGACAAAAUUAUUACGCCAUCUCGUCACGAGGCGAUUGGGAAUAGAAUUUGCUCUGCUGCUAUGGAGGUGCUCGAGACCUUCAAACCAUGGGUUCUAACUAUAGAAUCUAUUGAUCUAACCCUCCUAAAAAAUAGCUUCGAGAAUCCACAGCUAAUGGAUUUUGCGUGUUUAAAGCAAGGUUUAUAUGAUAAUGUUUCAGAUUUGAUCAUAAGCUGCCAGGCCGUCACAUCUCCGAUAGGGGAUGAGUGGGCUGAAGCAAAAGAAGAAUCUCUCAGCGAACGGUUGACUCAUGUUCGAUUAUGUGCAAAGCUUCUAGGAACCAAGGCGUCCCAAGUUGGAUAUUCUCUACAACUUAUUGGCGAAUUAGUACAAACGGCCCAAUCUCUACCUCCUAGAGACGAUAGCCGUCUACAAGAAUCAAUCAGGACUGGAAAUUCAUCUUAUGGCCGAUCCCAACAUACUCGUAGUGAAUCCCGGAUAAAUCCAGUCUUACGCCCCGUUAUCUCCAGUCUAACUCAACCGUUUGGCGAAGGCGAUCCCUCUGCGAACUAUCCAAAAGGUGAAAAUUCUAAAGUGAGGAAGUUUUUUGGGGAAGAGCCAACUCGAAGGGAUCCAGUAAUUGCGGCUCGCACAGAUCAGUCUCCUUCUCAUGUAGAUGAGGUUCCUGACUGCCUGAAGUUAGAUUUCGAGGAGGACAUUGCUUAUGAUCUUAAAGCCCAGCCUCCGCAGCUAAAAGGCGGUACAUUAAUGGCUUUGGUCGAGCAGCUCACACGCCAUGACAAGCUGGAUUCUAACUUCAAUAACACAUUCUUAUUGACUUAUCGGUCUUUUACGACAGCUCGAGAGCUGUUCACGCUACUAGUACAACGCUUCCAGAUACAGCCUCCGGAAGGACUUUCUAUAUCUGAUUAUGAAGUAUGGAGAGAUCGAAAACUCCGACCAAUACGGUUUAGAGUCGUAAAUAUUCUAAAGAGUUGGUUUGAUAACUUUUGGAUGGAGGAUCAAAGUGAAGAGACUAAAGCCUUAAUUCGCGAAGUCUACACUUUUGCUCGGGAUACUGUUAAGACUACGGAGACGCCUGGAUCAACGCCCCUUAUGAGUGUACUUGAAAAGCGCUUGCGCGGACAAGAUACCACAGCAAAAAGACUCGUCUUGACCUUAAGUCAGUCAACUCCCGCGCCAAUAAUGCCGAAAAAUAUGAAGAAGCUAAAAUUUCUGGAUAUCGAUGUAACUGAGUUUGCUCGUCAACUCACCAUUGUUGAAUCAAAGCUCUAUGGUAAAAUUAAACCUACUGAAUGCCUGAACAAAACAUGGCAAAAGAAAGUUGCUGAGGGUGAGCCUGAGCCUGCACCAAACGUGAAGGCAUUGAUUCUCCAUUCCAAUCAGCUUACAAACUGGGUCGCUGAGAUUAUCUUAACGCAAUUAGAUGUGAAGAAGAGGGUCGUAGUCAUAAAACACUUUGUUUUGGUAGCAGAUAAAUGUCGUCAGCUCAACAACUAUUCUACACUCACUUCUAUCAUUUCCGCACUUGGUACCGCACCUAUUCAUCGUCUGAAGCGAACUUGGGACCAAGUUCCUGCCAAGACAAUAGCCAUCUUGGAAUCCAUGAGAAGACUCAUGGGAAGUACCAAGAACUUUGGAGAAUAUAGGGAGAGCCUUCAUCUAGCUAAUCCACCCUGUAUACCGUUUUUUGGUGUUUAUUUGACCGACUUGACCUUUAUAGAGGAUGGUAUCCCAUCAAUUAUAAAAAAGUCAACUUUGAUCAAUUUUGCCAAGCGUGCAAAGACAGCCGAGGUCAUUCGUGACAUACAGCAAUACCAGAAUGCACAAUAUCCUUUACAGUCUGUCCCCGAACUGCAAGAAUAUAUCUUGAGCAACAUGCAAGCUGCUAGUGAUGUCCAUGAAAUGUACGAAAGGAGCUUGGCGGUGGAACCACGCGAAAGGGAAGAUGAAAAGAUUGUGAGGGUUCUCGCGGAAUCUGGGUUUCUCUGA